AGAACACCCCUAUAUGCAACACUGCCCCUAUAUGCAGCACUGCCCCUAUAUGAACACCCCUAUAUGCAGCACUGCCCCUAUCUGAACACCCCUAUAUACAGCACUGUCCCUAUCUGAAUACCCAUACUUGAACACCCCUAUAUGCAACACUGCCCCUAUUUGAACACCUCUAUAUGCAACACUGCCCCUAUUUGAACACCUCUAUAUGCAACACUGUCCCUAUCUGAAUACCCCUAUAUGCAACACUGCCCCUAUAUAAACACCCCUAUAUGCAACACUGUCCCUAUCUGAAUACCCAUAUGUGCAACACUGCCCCUAUUUGAAACAUGUUGAAUCAUAA